GACUCCCUCCGCUGGCCGAGCUUCCCGGGCCCCUGGCGUACCCCCUUGGCCCGGCGGCGGACCCAGGGUGCUGCCGUCGCGCCCGGGACUCCCCGCGGGCGUGAGAAAGGGAAGGACGCGAGGCCGCGCCCCGGGCCUGAGAGCCCGGGCUGAGGGCGGGAGGGAAGCGGGGGCCCGGGGGGUGCGCGCGGCCACCCGCGCAGCUGCUUCCCGGGCUCAGGCUGCGUUCGCAGCGGGCCUGCCAGAAAGGCCGCGCGAGGCCGACCCGCCCGUGAUGCCGGCCCUCCCUCCGGCCCCUCCGAGGAGCCCGGGCCCCCGCGCCCGCCAAGUGCGCUCUCGGCCUCACGCUCCCAGGGAACUGACCGGACGGGCCUCGCCACCGCAUACUUUUCCUUUAGAGAAGGCGCCACUCCACAUCCCGGAAUUAGGGAGGAGAAACAAAGUCGGUGUUCACCCGGAUAAUUACGAGAAAGUCCGGGUUUUAAGAAAUGAGUGAGAAAAUGGUGACGUAAAAACAGGAGGAACUCGCACUGAAGAUGCUGGAGGUUCUUUUCAGACGCUUCCCCUUAAGUACUGUGCGGACGGCAAGGGGGUUGGCUCAGCCCUGAAACGGAGCGUGCACGAGAGCUCGUAAAGGCCGCUUAAAGUAGCGGCAGCCCGUGAAGAGGGGCUGGGAGGCGUCCGUGUCAGAGCACACAGCCCGACGCUUAAAGCCUCCGGCCGUUGGAGCAGGGCAACCGGACGUAUUUCCACUCGGAACGCGGUUUCCGCGAGCGCCGGUCUCCCGCCGGAGCCGGCCCGGCGGCCGCCUCCCCUCCUGCGCAGGCGCAGUGCCUCCUCAGGGCAUGGAGGUGGUGGGUCUGCUGCUGUGUGUGGCGGCGGCGGUCCUGACAUGGGGCUUCCUCUGGGUUUGGGACUCCUGGGAGCGAAUGAAGAGUCCGGAGCAAGCUGGCCUGCCGGGAGGCGGAAGCCGGACUUUGUUGGUGACCGCGCACCCCGACGAUGAAGCCAUGUUCUUUGCUCCCACCGUUCUAGGCUUGGUCCGCAUGCAGCACCAGGUGUCCCUGCUCUGCUUCUCCGCAGGAAAUUACUACAAUCAAGGGGAGACUCGUAAGAAGGAACUUUUGCAGAGCUGUGAUGUUUUGGGGAUUCCACCCUCCAACGUAAUGAUUAUUGACAACAGGGAUUUCCCAGAUGACCCCGGCGUGUGGUGGGACACUGAACGGGUGGCCGACGUCCUCCUCCGGCACGUAGAGGCCAGCCGCAUCAACCUGGUGGUGACCUUUGACGCGGGGGGUGUGAGCGGCCACAGCAACCACGUGGCUCUGUAUGCGGCUGCCAGGACCCUGCACGCACAAGGGAAGUUACCUAAAGGGUGCUCAGUGCUCACGCUUCAGUCUGUGAACCUGCUGCGCAAGUACCUGUCGCUGCUGGACCUGCCCUGCUCCCUGCUGUGUGCCCGCGAUGCCCUCUUCGUGCUCAGUCGCCGAGAGGCGGCCCAGGCCCAGGUCACACACCCCUUACGGCUGGACAUCUCGACUUACCGGUUUUUCCCUGCUACAUGUGGACCAGUGCUCCCAGCUUGAGCCAAGAGGAACUCAGACCUGCCAGGAGCCUCUGUAAAGAGCCACUGGGGCUGACCACGGGUUGCCGGCUGAGGAGUCAGGCCCGGCGAGGCCCUCCUGGUGAAGACUCUUGGUGGUCGGUGGGGCAGGUGGUCUGAGAGGCUGCUGAGGAGUUCUAGCCUUGACCCUUUCCAUUUCUGCUAUCCAAGUGGAAAGGUUCAAAGGCUAGAACCCAUGUUGAGCCGUUAAAUGACAUAGGUGUGUAAAUGGCUAUCAUUUUCUGGGAAGCAACAGUAGUAAAUAUCAGAAGUCUUCCCAGAAGUUGUACUUACCUUCUGAAGUUCUUAAUACGUUAAGUAGACACAAGCGGGUUGCAGAGCAAUAUAUCAAUAAAUCUAUACUUUCUCUGACCCACUAAUUUUUAUUUCCAGAAUUUUAUCCUAAAGAAAUAAAGUUGUGUCCAGAGACUGAUGUACAAGAAUGUUCACUAGUAUGAUUUAUGAGGCCCAAAAAAGGAGCUAAGAUUAUUUAGCAGGUGAAUGGUAUGGUACUAUAUAAUCAGAAAAAUCAUAGUUUUGAAACACACGUAGUGAAAAUGUUCCAAAAGUAGGGAGGAAAUAGAAACAAUUUUGAUAUUUUGCAGUAUUCCUUUGAAAUUUUUGAACGAAAAGUAAUAGGAAGAAAAGCUUGUAAAAAGCCAAACUGGCCAUAAAUAUAUAAUUACUGUAAGCGCCCAUCUUAUUGAGUGGGUGCUGCAGCCACUGAAAGACGAGGGAAUCUACAAAAUUGGCCACCUGGGCAGCAGGAUGUGGGAAGCCCCUGUGACUCGGAAUCUCUCACAAGUAGACAAGUGUGUUUGGACCACAGAGUUCCUAUCUUCCCUCAACGUUUUUCUAAAAUGAGCCUUUUAUUCUCACUAUGGUCUUCAAAACUGAAAUAUUAUUCUGUGAGUUCACACAUCCAUUUUGUUUCUGAAAGUCAUUUUUAUUUAAAAAUUUUAGUUGUACUUCCUGUUGAAACCAUGCUAUGUAAUAUUUUGCCUGAAUAUGGUGAUAAUUCUCUUUAUCAACUUAAAGCUUGCAGGCAUCACAGGGGUGUUUACAUCCCUAAGCCACGGAUGUUCCAAUAGUGAAUAUAAAAUGAGUUUUUUACGUAGAGGUUUGCAAUGAUAUUAGCUUAGAUUAUAAGCAUUAAUUAUGGUACUUAGAGAAAAACAGGAACCAUUUAUAUAGGUUACAUCUAGUUAAAUCAGUUGUUAUGAUCUAUUCUGUUUAAAGACUGAGCUACACUGGAUCUGAAUAACAGGAUAACGUUUCCCCCACUGCAUGGCAGGGAGAGCCAGUACAUAUGGGUACUAUUCCUUUUCUUCUUCUUCUAAGAGUGACUGUAAUUACCCAGCUUGGCUAAUCCAUAGGCGUCUGGGCACAAAACAGCCCUAUACGAGUUAUAUAUGCAGGGUAGUGGAGCCAGGGAUUAAGAAUGUAGGCUCCACAGUCAACCAGAUGGCUCUGGGUUCGAUCUCAGCUUUACUCCCUACUUGCUAUUUGAGACUGAUGAAUCAGUUUCCUCAUCUGUUAAAAAAAAAAAAAAAAGCAAUAAUAAUAGUCCUUUACUCACAGGGUUGUUAAACUGAGGUAGUGCUCGGCUGCAUCAGCAUCCUCUGCUGUUAUCCCAUCGGGUAUCAGGAGACGGGAGGGGGAGUCCAAUCCAGAGGGGUUCGAAGGGCACAGCAGAAGCCAGAUCAGGCCAUAGCUUGCAGUAUGUGGGUGGGAGGAGGCCUGAAGGAGAGGAAGCAGAGUGAAAACAACCAACCACCGGCGCCAGCACUCACGACCGGUCCU